ACCUCCUUGUGACCCACGAUUCCUCUUAUCCCUGCCCGCAGGUGGGGGAGUACCGCGAGUCGCGACACUAGCCUUCUGUACCCAUCUUUGAUCCUCAAAUUGAGACAGGCCAGGACCCCUAUGUUGUUCGGGCUCAGACCUGGACCUUCGUGGAACGAAGGAUCUGAAAGCAGCGGAGUGCGCCUUCGUCUCCCCGAACUUCUCGAUCACCGUCUCAACAGAAAUACCAAAAAGUUCAGAAGGCGAAACCUGAGCAUCGAGAAGAAAGCCUUUACUUUCUUGCUAACUAGCAUGUUAUUGCUAACUAGCACGAUAUUAACUGCCUGGACUUAGAUCCACACCUCGGCCUGUUUCCUCCAGCUCCUGUCAAUAACAGUAUAUGCCAUUGUAUUGAAUUAUACAUGUUCCAUGGUAGUACCACAGCAGUUUUCGGAACUACCUUAUGACGGAACAUUCCAUUUGAGUGCAAUCGUAUUUAUUACUAUCUGACACAUUUCGUCACAUACAUUGUCACAUAUACUACAACAAAGCACUGGCUGUGAUCAAAAAUACAUUUGACUGAAUAUGUACAGGUAUGUGUCCCAUUAUUCUAUUUAUAAAUAUCAAUAACUAUUGAUUUUACAUUCAGUAAAUUAAGAAAAGUGAUAAAAAAAACAGUCAAAAGCACCUACCCUCUAUUUUUUUUCACCAGUGGCACCCUAUCACAUAUACAGAAUGUAAGAAAAAAAAUGAUCAAAAACACUCACCCUCUGACUUUUUCUCCAAUAGCACCCUGAGUAUCACAUACAAAAAAAGUAAUGCCAGGAGUGACUAUACAUCUUCACAUGUUGAGGGUUCUACUGUCUCUCUUCGUCUGUGGUUUCCGGUUAAAACCGGUAUUUUAAAAAGACUGGCACCAAAGACCUUCAUCAAGCAGAGUGUUUCCAGUCUUUUUGUUCAUUCAGACUCUUUGGCCAAACAAGAUGCUGCAGAGUAUCAUCCUCAUCAGCCUGCUGAUAUCCUCAGUUUGUGCUCUUCACUGGAAAAUGCAGAAAGAAGAGUCUACUGGAAAUGAACUUGAAGAAGGCUCUGGUGACAUACAAACAGAACAACAACCUGGAAUGUGCUGGACUUGCAAGUGGGCGAUGAAGAAGCUGAAAAAACAGAUCUCCAAUGGAGCAACUCCGGAUGACAUUAAAAAGAAGCUGGGGAUGGUCUGUGAUGAGAUUGGCUUCCUAAAGUCACUGUGUAGGAAGCUUGUGAACGAGUACAAGGACACUCUGGUCGAAGAACUUUCAACUACUGAUGAUGCCAGGACCAUCUGUGUUAACAUUGGAGUUUGCAAGAAAUAGGCGUGGAAUUUGAAGAAUUCUGUUUUCUUUGAUAAACUGAAGAAAUGUGCAAGGCUUUAUUGUUUGUUUGUUUGUUUCUAAAGGGCUUUUCACAGUGCACUUCAUUCAUCUCUUUCUAAACCCAAUUUCUAACCCCGGGAAAUGAAAUUUUUACGUGUUUUAGCUUUUUGAGUCCAUUUCAUUCUUACCUUUAUAGUCAGAAAAGUCCAUUCAGGAAAGAAAAAAAAACCUUUAUACUGUCAGCAAUAUAUGAGGAUGUGUAAUGAAGGGCCAUAAAUGACACGACCCUGCAAAUAUGCAACGAAGAAUGUUAACCCAGGAUUUAGGAAUAUACCAUCUGUACCAAAUUAACUCAGCAUUCCAUUUACCCGUGUUUAGAAUGACCCAGUCUGAAAGGCAUAGUUCAUUCUAAAUGAAAAUACUUUCAUCAUUUACUCAUCCUCAAGUUAUUCCAAAUCUGUAUACAUUUCUUUCUUCUUUUUAAGACAAACAUUGCAAUUAUUUUGUAUUGAGUUGAUGGUGCCUAUUGAUUUCCAUAGUUUUUUUUACAUACUAUGGAAGUCAAUGGAGACCAUAAGGUGUUUGGUUACCCAUAUUCAAAACAGAAGAAAGACAUUCAUGCAGGUUUGAGAGUGAGUAAAUAAUGACAGAACUUUUAUUUUAAUGUGGACAACACCCUUAACUAUUUCAAGUGUGAAAAGGCCUUGAGUGUUCGCUUUAACUGGAAAGUUGCUGAACUUCCUGGAACUUCUGCACUAGAGCUAGAGUGCACUAGAGCUAAUAGUGUGAUUAUUGUGGUGUUGUAUGCCAAAGUUUUCUGCAUAUUUGUCAUAUCUACUCAACUUUACACCACUUUUUUGCAUUCAGUUGAAAAUAGAUGUGUGAAACAAACUUUAAUGUUCUGUGACAUGAUUUCGCACUUUUACAAGUUUUUGAGAUACUUUUACAAACAGAGGAUGCUUGAAUUAGUAUUUUACUUGUCCGUUUCUUGGUCUAUCAGCACAAUACCACAUACAUUAAUAUCUCAUGCCCAUUUCAAACUAAUAAUUUCUUAAAUUUCACAAAUAAUCAGCAAUAGACACAAUUUGCAGAAAGACUGUCAAAGACUGGCAGCCUCUCAAGAAGACCGAAAGAAACUUCAAACAUUACAAUAACGAUCAUUAUCAGUUUGUUUGUCUUUGUGCAAAUGAGCUUCUAAAACAACUUUACCUGUGAGAUAAUGCAAGAUACUGCUACUGCAAGAUUAUGAUGUCACCACAAGCAGCUUAUAUAAUUAAAAAAAUUAUC